ACAAGAAAAUCACAAACAAAAUUUUAAUUAUUCAAUUUUUUCAGUCGGGGUGUUCGUUACUGUGAUACUAACGGUUUAAGUUUCAAAAUUAUUCUUUAUAUUAUGUGCUUAAAACCAUAAAAUGUUUUUCUUUAGGUUAAGCGUUUUCAUUUCUUUAGUUUUAGGAACUCUCUCCCUAAACUGCACAAUCCCAGCGGUAAUAAGAGGAGCAUGGUACUCCUGGGAAAACCAAAACACCUUAACCGAACUGGAUCCCAGUACCAUGAUCCGGAAUGGUCGCUAUGACACUUGUGUGGACCUCAAGAAUGAUUAUCAUGUAAAUUACACCAUGGUGUUCCACAGGGAGAAUGAAAAUUGCUUUAUUUGUAUUAAAUUCUUGAUUAGGACAUUGAAUAUUGUGGAAAAAAUCGAGAGUCCAUGCAUCAGCCUUCCGAAUCAUAAUGAAGCAUCUGUGGCAAGGGUGUGUAGAGCAUUAGAUCCGCAACAGCAGCUGAUCACUUUGUUUUCUGAGAAUUAUGUGCCCGUGAAUUGUAGAUCUUCUUUAGAAGGGGUCUGGACCUUCGGGUACCAGAAUAGAUUUAAAUUUACUGGCGAGUGUAGGAAUCCUGAUGCACAGAUCCGAUCUUGCCAAACAGCGGGAUCUCAGUUCCUAAUCACCAAUCAGAAAUUUAAUAUCACUUAUAAGAAGUGUGAGGGGAUGGACGAGACGUUUGAUGGAGUGGUGGAGUACAGUUGCCUAGGAGAUUGGUUCGUUGGUAAGAACCACUUUUUCGCAGUAGCCAACACAAAAGAGUCAAGAAAAGACGAGAAGUACAGGUGUUUCCUGAAAAAUAGGGAUGACGACUUUUAUAUUGGGGUGUCCAUUACCGCCGAAUGUAACACUUUAAAAACGGUGGAGAAGAGCCCCGAGAGGUUGCAUGUUACACCAGUUAAGUCUGAAGUAGUGGAACCUGGUUGUCGACUGCCACAAAAUUUUUCAGGCGACUGGAUAAACACGGCAAACAUCGACGCGGACGUGUUCAUAAACGAGACCCACAUAAUCGAAACUUCUUAUCCGGACGAGGGGCGGUACCGCAGAACCGUUUACGUAUGCAAAGAGCAACGGGACUCCCGCAUAAUGAUGGCCCGACUUACCGUUGACGGAUGCCAAAAGGAUUAUAUUUGCUUCGAUUUUGUGCCGCAGCACCACAACUUGAUCAGGUACCGUAAGGGGGUGGCGGUGAUCAAAGACGACUUCAGUACCGUUUGCUCGUGGGUUCAGUUUUCGAAUAAGGUCAGGUGGAAGUACGAUUUGUUCUUGAAGAAAAAUCCGGUGCCGAUCAAGUGUCCGGUGGCGGGCAAGUUUAAUUUUACCCAAAAGGGUGACGUGCCUUUCGAGACCAGGAUUUUGGGUGGUGUUACCCUGAGUCCGAGACCGAACGUUUAUUGUAAGGAAAACAUUUCGGACUUCUCGGUUUGCGAUGACGAACAGAAGGAGGUCGCUGUGGACGAGAAUUAUUGCCUUUCAGUGGACCACAGGGGGAAACCAGUGGAUAUAUACAGUGAUCCUGACUACAAAAUGAAGUGCAUCGGGUUCUGGAAAGAAAACCUGAAGUCUUAUCUGAUAACUUACGACGAGUUGGACCCGUUUUCAAAGUUCCGCUGCUGGGUGUACCAGAGGGCGGAUCUAAACAAGAUCUUGAUGUCCCAAGCAAUCGGACCGUAUUGCGACCUAAAACAGACGGUUUAUUCGUGGAAUUAUACGGAGGGGGCCACGGUGGCCCUGCAAAUGGAGGAAUACGAGAGAGAACGUGAUCAGUGUCCGAUGUACUUCGACGACGGUUCUAAUCCCUACCUGGACCCGGAAAAUCACAUAAUCCAGUUCGAUUUUGGGUUUUUAAAAAGCGGGACUGGUUGCCUAUGUAAUAGCUUUUUUGGCACUUUAAUUGUGGGGGUAUUUGGUGCUGUAAAUAGGCCUUUUUAGGGCGAAGAAGUUAUUUUUUUGAAUCUCAUUUUAAUACUCCUAUUUUUUAGGCACGUUUAUAAAAUAAAAACAUUCCAAUUUUGUACUUAAUUUUUGUAGUACUAACACAAUAGUCUUAGGAAUAAGCAGCUAUCCGUCCAAUUUUGGCUUUAAACGUUCGUAUAAAUUUUAUAUUUCUAUAUUGUUUCGUCUAGGCAGUUGAAAAAGUGUCAUUAUAUUUUCGACGGCAAGUUUCAACUGCCUGGAAGAAAUAAUUGAUUUUGCUUUUUAAUUAAUUCAAUUUUAAACCACCUUUAUAUAAUAAAUUGUUUAAAAAAACGAAAAA